AUAUUGCAGUAAUAGAUGAAAUUCAAAUGAUGAAAGAUCCUAGUCGUGGUUGGGCUUGGACAAGAGCUCUACUUGGUUUAGUGGCUAAUGAAAUUCAUAUUUGUGGUGAAGAAGGUGCAGUUGAUCUGGUUAAAGGUUUAAUGAUGACCACUGGUGAAGAUGUUCAGGUUUAUAGAUAUAAACGCCUUACUGAAUUAACUAUUGAAAAUUCUGCAGUUUUUACCUUAGACAAUAUUAUGCCUGGUGAUUGUAUUGUUUGCUUCAGUAAAAAUGAUGUGUACACGGUAAGUCGAGGGAUAGAAUCUAGAGGUAUUGAAGUAGCAGUUAUAUAUGGUGGUUUGCCUCCUAAUACAAAAUUGGCUCAAGCACAAAAAUUUAAUGACCCUAAAAAUUCUUGCAGUGUUCUAGUUGCUACUGAUGCUAUUGGAAUGGGUUUAAAUUUGAGUAUAAGAAGAGUUAUAUUUUAUUCAUUAAUAAAACCAAUAUUAAAUGAAAAGGGAGAAAAAGAAAUGGAUACCAUUUCAGUGUCACAAGCACUUCAAAUUGCUGGACGAGCAGGACGUUAUGGAACACAAUAUGAAAAAGGCUAUGUAACAACAUUUAAGCCUCAAGACUUACCUACUUUAAGAAAUUUACUAUCAGAAAAACCAGAACCUAUCCUUAAAGCAGGACUCCAUCCAACUGCUGAUCAAAUAGAGUUAUAUGCAUACCAUUUGCCAAAUUCUACAUUAUCCAAUCUUGUGGAUAUAUUUAUUUCAUUGUCAACUGUUGACGAUUCAUUAUAUUUCAUGUGCAAUAUAGAAGAUUUUAAAUUUCUUGCUGAUAUGAUACAACAUGUACCAUUACCACUAAGAGCAAGAUAUGUUUUUUGUUGUGCUCCCAUUAACAGAAAACUGCCGUUUGUUUGUACCAUGUUUCUUAAGUAUGCAAGACAAUAUAGUAAAAAUGAAACCAUUACAUUUGAUUGGUUAUGCAAACAUAUUGGGUGGCCUUUCACCAUUCCAAAAACGAUUAUUGACUUGGUACAUUUAGAAGCAGUGUUUGAUGUUUUGGACUUAUACUUAUGGUUUAGUUAUAGGUUUUCUGAUCUAUUUCUUGAAGCAAAUUUAGUAAGAGACAUGCAAUCAGAAUUAGAUGAUAUUAUUGAACAAGGCGUGGUUCAAAUUACUAGAUUGUUAAAGAAUUCUGAAUCAUCUAGCCCAAGUAGUGAUUCAAUUGAAGAAGAUUUCAAUGUUGCAAGACAUAAACAUAACUAUUUAAGAGGGGCAGACCAAAGAAACUUCAACAAAAAUCGUUUUGGAAAGGGAAGGCUAACGGAAAGACUUUUAGCUCAAGGAUUAUUGACUCCCAAUAUGCUAGAUGAGUUACAAAAAGAAUGGGAUAAAAGUAAAAAUAAACAUGAAGUUCAUAUUGAAGAAAGUGAUGAUGAUGAUGAUGGUGAUGAUCCACCCCCACAACCUAAUCACCAAAAUAGUAAGAGAUCUAAGAGAAGGAGAAGAAAAUAUUAGAUACAAUGUUAUAAUAUAUUUAUGUAUUAUGUGAUAGUAAUUUAUAUUUUGUAUU